AUGUUGCUUUUCUCCGCUGUGCCGCAACCCGAAGAUUUCGUGUCGCAGAUUGAAGACCUCGACGAAAGGAUCUCACAGUGGUAUGAAAAGCUUCCAGACGCACUAAAGAUCGAAGACCCGGCAAGCUUAGAGCAAAGCCCUCCGCCGCAUAUUGUGUCACUAAACCUCUUAUACCACGCCCUCCAUAUCUUGCUGAGGAGACCAUAUCUCAGCUCCCCAGCCAGGGACCCAAACGAUCGCAACAUCAGAUCCUGCAUCGAGCACUCCAAAAAGGUCCACGCCAUACAUUCAUUAUAUUCACAAACCUUUCCCCACCGGCUAAUGACUUAUCAAGUCAGCUAUUGCAUAUAUACCGCUGCCACAGUCGAGACCGAGGAGUUGAAGCGGGCGUCGACUCAGCAAGCGAGAGAAGACGCGGCCGCAAGACUAGCAGCAGCAUUUCAGAUCCUUCAGAAAGAGGCCUCUCACACCCCAGGGAGCGGCCGAAGCCUUGAAACCAUCCGUAGGCUCUUGAGCACUGGCCCAACACGAGCCGCGCAUGCUGGAUCCCACCCUGAUCGUAACCAAGCCCAUGCCCUGGGCCAAAACGGCUACGCGUACCAGGCCAGUCAUCAAGUUACACCCUUCAACGGCCAAACCGGCGGGCAGAGACCAGAUCAGACAUAUGGUCAUGGCCAGCACGCACUUUCGUCCGCAGUUCAGUCUACCCCGUACAGCAAUAUUAACGCCGGGAGCAAUAACAACCCGCGACUUGCAUCUAGUGUCAACCCGGCUGUGGACGACAACUCUUUCUUCCCCAUGGACGUCAGCGCCUGGAAUGACGAUUUCGGUUUUGGUGGAACAGAUAGAGGUGCUGGGUUCCACCCCGAUGCUUUCCCCUGGGGAGUCGCGGGUCCCGUCUUGCGGAACCCGGGCUCCUCCUCCCUCGCCAACACCGGGGUGGUGUGGCCCCCGAUUCCACAGAUUGAAGGUUUGCAGCAAGCGACCCUCUUUUAUGCAGCCUCACAAGACUUGGGAGGCUUGCCCCGCCGAUAG